UCCCGGCCGGAUGCAGUCUCGAUUUGAGCACUGUUGGUCCGAGCUGGGCAGGGGUCUCCGGCGACAGCGUUCAUGGCGUCACCUAGCAAGGCAGUGAUUGUUCCCGGGAACGGAGGCGGGGAUGUGGCCACCCAGGGCUGGUACGGCUGGGUGAGAAAGGGACUGGAGCAGGUUCCGGGUUUCCAGUGUCUGGCUAGAAACAUGCCUGACCCAAUUACAGCCCGGGAGAGCAUCUGGCUGCCCUUCAUGGAGACAGAACUGCACUGUGAUGAGAAGACCAUCAUCAUAGGCCACAGCUCCGGGGCUAUCGCAGCCAUGAGGUAUGCAGAGACACAUCAGGUAUAUGCUCUUAUACUGGUGUCUGCAUACACUUCAGACUUGGGAGAUGAAAACGAGCGUGCAAGUGGGUACUUCAGCCGCCCCUGGCAGUGGGAGAAGAUCAAGGCCAACUGCCCUCACAUUGUACAGUUUGGCUCCACUGAUGACCCCUUCCUUCCCUGGAAGGAACAAGAAGAAGUGGCAGAUAGGUUGGAUGCCAAAUUGUACAAAUUCACCAACCGUGGUCACUUUCAGAACACGGAGUUUCCUGAACUAAUUAGUGCGGUGAAGUCUAUGCUAAAAGUACCAGAAUAGUUGGGAUGACUCCUGCUCUCCAACAUGCCACACAGUACUAAACUUGAAAUGCCUACUUAUGCUACAGAAGUGCCUGAAAAACAAGCCUGUUUGAACACUCACACUAAGCUACUAGCAUUUUCAUUUCUCAUAGUUUAACUCUUCUUCAAAAGCUCUAACUAUAGAAGUAUUUUCUGUUUGAUAGGGAACACAGAGGGAGUUUGUUUAGCCAUCCUGCUGAUCCAGGGAGCAAGUCAGAAGUAGAACCAGACAUGGUGUGUGUCCCUGUAAUUCCAGCACUUGAGAAAGGAGGGACCAGGAGGGGAAGGCUAGCCUGACCCUGUCUCAGUAAAGAAACAGCAAGUAGACUCAGGUAUCCUGAGUCUCAUUCCAAAUUAUAACUCAGUAGCUUCUGCAAGGUGUGACCCACUCCCGACAUCCUAGUACUUGGGGAGCUGAAGAAAGUAGAUCUGGAAUUUGAGGCCUUCCUAAGCUACAUAUUUAGUAAAACCCUGUCUCAAAAAACAAAACAAAAAACCCAAAGAAGCCGGUGGUGGCACACGCCUUUACUCCCAGCACUUGGGAGGCAGAGGCAGGCGGAUCUCUGUGAGUUCGAGACCAGCCUGGUCUACAAGAGCAAGUUCCAGGACAGGCUCCAAAACCACAGAGAAACCCUGUCUCGAAAAAAAAAAAAAAAAAACCCAAAGAAACAAAAACUAAACAAAUUUUUAUGAAACGUAUGAGAGACACCUUUUCAUUUUGAAGUAAAAUUUUCUCUUACUGGGGUAAAAAAACAUGAUUAAAAGUCCAGAAUGUUCCUAGAAUUCAAAACUCUAGCUGCUGGGACUGGAGAGAUGGCUCAGUGAUUAAGAGCAUUGCUUGCUCUUCCAAAGGUCCUGAGUUCAAUUCCCAGCAACCACAUGGUGGCUCACAACCAUCUGUAAAGAGGUCUGGUGCCCUCUUCUGGCCUGCAGACAUACACACAGACAGAAUAUUGUAUACAUAAUAAAUAAAUAAAUAAAUAAAUAAAUAAAUAAAUAAAUAAAUAUUAAAAAAAAAAAAACCUCUAGCUGCUGCUUCAUGCUGGCUCAAGAUAGCAAACUCAAAUUUGGGUCUUCAUCACUCAGAUCCCUGAUCCCAUCCCAGGGGUUUCUGACAAGAUGAGAGACCAGCAUAUAAGGAUCCUGAGCCAGGAAGCUGCAGGGGACAGAUAUCUGCAUAGCUUGUCACCUGUAUACCAACUUGAGGCAGACUCGCAGGAUCAGGGCUUUGGGAGUGCUGCAGUACAGGAACGUGACAAGUGUUGGUCUUUUUUCUAAGCUGGGGACUAUAUGCAUAUAAUCCCUACAUGAAGUAUGACAGCUGGCAGCUCUGUAAUUGAACAAUUUGGAAAAGCUACAAGACAAAGACCAAGUUAUCCAUUUGUGAAUUUAGUCAUAACCAUUUUAGAUUCUCUAUAGUACAGGCAGUGGUGGGGCACACCUUUAAUCCCAGCACUUGGGAGGCAGAGGCAGGUGGAUUUCUGUGAGUUCAAGGCAUGGUCUACAAAGCAAGUUCUAGGACAGGCUACACAGAGAAAAAGAAAAAGCCUUAGAUAACCAAAAUGAACGUAAGGGAGCAAUUUGUACUGUUAAGUUUUAAGUUAUCUUCCAAAAGAAGUUUCUACAAUGCAAGUUCAAUUCUGUGAAGAGUUCAACCUCUUAACUUCUAGAGAUCAUUCAGGCAUUCCAAGAUUUUUCUUACACUUUCAUUAAAAAAAGAGCCCCUUUUAAAAUAAUGUACUUUAUAUUAACAUAUAUUGGAAUACAAGAUGGUUUCAUCAUGACAUUGUCACUCACGUUUAUAAUGUAAAAAAAUAAAAACUUUUAUUUCCCAGGA